AACGCAGGCGCGACAAAGGAGCUUGAGAUCGACACAGAGAAGGAUCGGGAUGGCCGAGCGAUUCGCGAGAAGGUCCUGAAGACCGCGGCGGAGAGGGCGGAUGGGUUUGAGGAUGACAAGAAAUACAGGGGUUUGAACAGCUACGUGGACUACCGGGCGGGUUUCCGCAAAGAGCACUCAAUCGCGAGCGAGAAGGGUUCCGGCGCGCACGGCCCGAUGCGAGCGUCGUCAAACGUGAGGAUGACUUUCAUCAUGGAUUACAAGCCCGACAUCUGUAAAGACUAUAAGGAGACGGGUUACUGCGGUUUCGGCGACUCCUGUAAAUUCCUGCACGAUCGCGGUGACUACAAGCAAGGCUGGCAGCUGGACAAGGAAUGGGAGGAGAAGGAGAAGCAGCGCAAAGCAGCUCUGGCUAAGCUCGAGCAGAUGGAGAGGAACAUGGGCGAAGACGGCGUGUGCGUGCCCCUCGAGGAUGAUGAGGAUGAUGAGGAGGACGGUAUCCCACCCGCGUGCCCCAUCUGCGAGAAAACCUGGGACGCCAUCAGAGACCCGGUGGUGACCAAAUGCAAGCAUUACUUCUGCGAGCACUGCGCUCUGCGACACAACGCGAAGGAGAAGGCUUGUUUUGUGUGCCAUCGGCCAACCGGGGGCACAUUCAACACGGCGAAGGAGAUCGUUAAGCGCGUUAAGGAGAUGA